UUGACGGUUCCUAAAUAUCCGCGUUACCAACGCUAACCCAACUUCACCGCAGUGUCUUUUGUCCAGAAAACAUUGGACAGAUGAUCAAGCUGAAACAGAACUUUGUUUGUGUUGGCUGUUUUUCUUCGUCUUUUCUGGUUCACCACUAACGUAAUGCGCGAGGAGAUGUUUGCCACGGCUACUAGAAACUUGGUGGAGGAGGUGGACCAUGGAGGGUUACUUAUCCCUGUGUCCAGCCUGAAUGACGUCAUCGAUAUACUGACGUUGGUGGUGAAACGCAAGCGUUUCUGGUUCUGGCAGAAGCCCAGGCAUCUGCCCACAGAUUUUACCCUCAACGAUAUACUUACAGGAGACACGCCCAUAGAACCAGUCAUAACAGAGACAGACUUCAUCAAAUUCAAUGGAACCUAUGGUGACAACAUUCACAGCGGGGUGGAUGCAGAGCUCCUCCACUCCAACGUGAGCCUGAAGGGUAAAGACUCUCUGAAGCUGCAGUCCUACUUUGGAAGUUUGAAAAAAGAAGAAGUACACGUUCAGAAGUUACUACAUGAAUCUAAAAGCAGAGUCCUGGACAUGUCCCACAGUUUGAUCCAGCAGACGAAAGAGAAGAAACGACAGGUUUUGGGAAUUGUGAAGGAACGGAUCAUGACCACCACACCCUGCUCUGUCAUAGAGGAGGUGCAGCAAGCCGGACAGUGUGGGGCAGGAUUGAGCUUCAGCUGUCCCCGGACCACUAAGAUUUCUUUAAAAGAGAACACAAGCCUGAGCAAAGACAGUAACGUGACCAUGGAGAUUCCCUCACACACUGCUGUGGCCUACGGCCUCAUAGAGCUGGAGAUCAAAUACGAUGGAUGCUUUGAGUUAUGUCUAAUGUCAGACACCACUGGAGGUUUUGAAGUUGACGGUCCUGUGAAGAGGGGGCUGCUGGGAGUUACAGGGGCAUCGCCACAUGCUCAUGCUAACAGUAAACUACAAGAGGACCUCCAAAUUCAUCAUGAAUAUUUUCAUCUGCUUUCAUCUCUUCCUGUCACCACAAAAUCACGCCUCUUUCAACAACUUGCACCAAUUAUCCAGGACCCAGCAGCUGUCAGAGAACUCCAGACUGUGUUGGACCAUGUCUGUCUGGACCAGAGCAGUUCUGCCCUGGAUGACAUCAGCGCAACAGAGCCUCCGAAACAGAAAAUCCAAGCCAUCCUGGACCUUGUGAAACAGUGUGAUAAGGAGGGGUCAGUUCCAACUGUUGAGUCCACAUCAGUCCUUACAGCCAUACACCUCAUUAUCAGCUCAUUGGAUGAGAUGACAAAUGACUGCCUUGCCAUUUUGGGAGUGUGCUGCAGCCAAGCAGAGCUACAGACAAUGGAUCAACUAGUGUCCUGUGUAUCAGGUAAAGGAGAGCUGCUGCUGAGCAGCAAAGACCAGACUCCACUGACAGAGGACGUCUUUGAAAAGGUCGUUCAUCUGUUUGCCUCCUCUAACGUGUCUCUGAGAAAGGACGGGGACACUGUGAUGACGGAAAUAAACCCAGAAGCAGGACACGCUCCUCUGCUCCUGUGUAUCGCUGUCAGGGCUCUGGCUUCUUUGUCCGUCUGCUGAGGCUGAAGAGAAGAUGCUUUAAUAACCAACAACUACUUCAGACUCUACUGUGCCAAUGUGAAGAGGGUCAGUGUUUUUUUAAACUUUAAACUGAUUUUUUUUAGGAAAUAUUUGAGAUGACUUUACUGGAUGGGAAACACCCAAACAAUUCUUUUUUUUAAGGGUGUUAUAAUUAUAUGUAUAUUUUUGCAUAGAUUUGGAUCACAUUUUUUGGUAAAGCUUAUCACUGUGUCUUUUGAAAUAGUAACCCUGAAGCCAAUCAGAAUCAAUAUAAAGGGUCCAUUAUUUUAAGGGCUGC